CCUGCGCACGCGCAGUCCGCUUUCGGCCUCUGUCUUUUAGGGUGGCGUGUGAGGCUCUUCCUUUAGCAGGCGUCGUGUUUUGGCCCUCUGGGCCGAAUUAGCUUUGUUCCCCUUUGGGCCCCUGAGCCGUAACUGUGUGCAGCGGAUGCAGUAAAAAUGAGAGACGGGCGACUGAGUUCCUGCAGGGGAGGCGAACGGACGCUUAGGGCGCUCGAGGGCGGGGUGUGUGACCUCUGGUGGCAGCGCCUAAGCUUUGCCCUCUAUGGUGGCACAGGGCGUGGGUUCGACGGAUGGUCUGUAGGGCCUUGCUGCCCCCUGCUGGGUGUUGUAGGAACUGUCCCUGAGAGAGGAACCUGAGUGGCAACUUCACAUUCUGGCAACUUCACAUUCUGCCUUUUAAAAGACAAAUUAAACCAGCGAGACAAAACCAUCGACUUGUGGGUUUUGACCUUCGGAACUUAAGGAGGGACCAGUUGGGCCAAUGAGCUCAAUUUUGAUGGAAGAGCUAGAGGAAGACCUGUUGAUGCAGCCGUGGGCGUGGUUACAACUCGCUGAGAACUCACUCAUGGCCAAGGCUUCUAUCACCAAACAUGGUUAUGCCUUGUUGAUUUCAGAUCUUCAACAGGUGUGGCAUGAACAGGUGGACACGUUGGUGGUCAACCAGCGAGCCAAGGAGCUGAACAAGCGCCUCACGGCUCCCCCUGCAGCUUUUCUCCAUCACCUGGAUGAAGUGCUCCGCCCACUGUUUAAAGAUUCUGCUUACCAGGAUGCUGCUCACCCUAGCAAAGCUACUUUCUCCUGUGAUCGAGGAGAGGAGGUACUGAUUCUGCGGGUGCAGAGUGAGCUCUCUGGCCUCCCCUUCAAUUGGCAUUUCCACUGUAUUCCAGCUAGUUCUUUACUGGUCUCUCAGCAUUUGAUUCAUCCGCUGAUGGGUGUGAGCCUGGCUUUGCAGAGUCAUGUGAGGGAGCUAGCAGCAUUGCUUCGGAUGAAGGACCUUGAGAUCCAGGCCUACCAGGAGACUGGGGCUGUGCUGAGCCGAAGUCGAUUGAAGACAGAGCCAUUUGAAGAAAAUUCUUUCUUGGAGCAGUUUAUGGUAGAGAAAUUGCCAGAGGCAUGUGCUGUUGGUGAUGGAAGGCCAUUUGCCAUGAAUCUGCAGAGUCUGUAUGUGGCAGUUACAAAACAGCAGAUCCAGGAGAGGCAGAAUCGUAAAGGCUCUGGAGAGACUCAGACAUCAAGCAGCACCUCCCCUGGAGGAACUGAUAACCAGCCUCUGAACCAGCCAGAAGAGCUGGUCUCUGGCACUCCAACCCUGUCAGAGCCUGAGUGUGAGCCCAUGGCUGCUUCGGGCCCUUUGCAUAGAGCUCAGCUGGUAAAGUCCAAGAGGAAGAAGCCCAGGGGACUCUUCAGUUAGCUUACCAUGUCUCAGCCACCAAGAAGAGAGCAAAGCCGCUUCCUAGCAUCACCCAGAAGGAGCUUGAGUGGCAGAGCAUCCCCCAGAGGCCUGAGUUUGUGUUGACAGGCCACCUGGAUGGGGACUUCACCAGGAGAAGCCUGACUCCAACCCACUGGCAUUCCAGAUUCCGUGACACCAGCUCCUUGUUGGUAGUGUUCUUUCUCUGAACUAGUACCCUAUGGUGAACUUAGAUACACAAAGCAAGUUUACAAAGAGGCACAUGCCCAGAAUGCCCAGCUGCCUUUCAUAAGGGUCUCUCACCAGUCAGAUAUGCCCCUUAGAAAACUGCUCCUCCCUCAACACAGAAUAAAAGAUGCUCAUAUUCCUCAA